GGGUGGGGCGGCUUGCCCACAGAGGGGGUUUGACAGUUCUCUCCCGACGUCACCGGUUCCGUCCCAACACGGAAAUAUGUAAAAGUGUCAGGAGUUGUAGUCAUGGAUUUAAAGCGGUACCGCUAAAAUAUUUAUAUUUUCAAAACGUUCUGAAUGUCUAUCAAUGUCGUUACCGCUCCGCAUGCGUUUAACUAUGGGACAGCUAUCCGCGGGCGCUGAAAAUGAGGAACGUUUUCGACCUUUGUUGUUAGUUCGGCCGCUUUAAUCCUCCGGACCUUGAAACAAAGUGUUUUGGGGGUCAUGGGAACUCUCGGACUCCUGCUAAUACCUCUUAUCCUGCUGACCUGGGAGGCUAGCCAAAUUCAGGCUGCAGGGGCCAGAUCAGUCACCCUCCCAGAGUCCCUUCUGUUCAUCUCCACCUUGGAUGGCAGUCUGCAUGCUGUCUCCAAACAGACAGGAGACAUCAAGUGGACCCUAAGAGAAGACCCCAUUGUUCAAGUUCCUGUUUACCUCACAGAGCCAGAUUUUCUCCCAGAUCCAAAUGAUGGCAGUUUGUAUGUACUUGGUGGAAAGCACAAGGAGGGCUUGAUGAAACUGCCCUUCACCAUCCCAGAGCUGGUUCAGUCAGCUCCCUGCAGAAGCUCUGAUGGCAUACUUUACACAGGGAAAAAGCAGGAUGUGUGGUUUGUGGUGGAUCCUGAAACAGGCGAGAAGCAAACCAGUUUAACCACCUCCGCCUCCGAAUCCAUCUGUCCCAACAGCCCUCUGCUCUACAUCGGACGCACAGAGUACGUGAUUACCAUGUUUGAUACAAAGACACAGGAACUGAGAUGGAAUGCAACAUACAACGAUUACUCUGCCCAUCCUUAUGACGAGAAGCUUGACUACAAGAUGGCCCACUUGGUCUCGAGUGGUGACGGACUUGUUGUGACUGUGGACAGAGAGUCAGGGGACGUCCUGUGGAGUCAAAACUACGGCUCCCCGGUCAUCGGGGUCUACCUGUACUCUGGGGACUCGCUGAGACACGCGCCUCACCUGUCCCUCGCCAUAGAAACGUUACGGUUCCUCACCUUCUCCGCCAAGGAUCAGGCUGAAGCACACUCCUCCUUGAAGUGGAGCUAUCAGUUUGUGAAAGAGCAAGCCACUGCACAAGCUCAGCUCGUACCCACUCUCUAUGUAGGAAAGCUGGACUCCCACUUCUAUGCCUCCACUUCUCUUGUCCACCAUGGGGUCUCUUUAUUGCCACGAGGAUUGAUCCUGGCUCGGAUCGAGGGUCCCGUGACGUCCGGAGUGACGGUUAGUGGGAGAGGGGAGUGUGAAAUCACACCGUCCACCGAUGUGCGCUAUCCACCAGGAAGCACAGCCAGCAAGAAAAACCACUGGCUGCUCAUCGGGCACCACGAGCUCCCUCCUGUAGCCCACACCACCAUCCUGAGGGAUUUCCCCGUCUCUCUGCAGCACUCCACCGAGAAAGUUAUCCCUCCUCGAUCUACGGCUUCCUCUGACUCCUACUACCAUCAGCACUACUUCCAGACAGUGACUGAAGGCCACGGCGACCCGGCGUCUAAUAAAGAAGGAGCUGAUGGCAGGAAAACGGGACAGACUCCGAGGCCAGCCGCUGUGCUGCCCGUCAGCCUGACUCAGGACCGCCUGACCCUGGCUGUCCUCACUCUGCUGCUUGGAGGAUGGCUCACUAUUGUGCUUACGUAUCUCAUCCGCACCACCCAGCAACUGAAAGUUCAGAGGCAGCAGGAGGAAGCAUUUGAGACUCGCCUUCAGCGCAUGCAGAACAACAUUCAGACCAACACCUCAACCUCUGGAGACACGACCCAGUCUGCUGACACGAAUCUCACAAGGGAAUCUCCACCUUCAUCCACUGACUCUCCACCCAGCCUCAACAGCAGCAACAUCCCAGAGGCAGAAGAAGUUAGUACAGCUGCUCCUAAAACCACAGAAGAAGGAAGCAGUGAGGAAGUGCAGGUGGGAAAAGUUUCCUUUUCCCCCACUGAGGUGCUCGGACAUGGAUCUGCAGGAACAUUUGUGUUCAAGGGUACAUUUGAUGGACGGCAUGUGGCGGUGAAGCGAAUCCUGCCAGAGUGUUUUGAGGUGGCAGAGCGGGAGGUGCAGCUCCUGCGGGAGUCCGACACGCAUCCAAACGUCAUCCGAUACUUCUGCACAGAGAGGGACCGCCUUUUCACUUACAUCGCCAUCGAGCUGUGCGCUGCAACGCUGCAACAGUAUGUGGAAGAUCCAUCUUCUUUCUCUGAUCUGAGUCCGAUAACUGUGCUGGAACAGACCAUGUGUGGCCUCUCCCACCUCCAUUCACUCAACAUAGUCCAUCGUGACUUGAAGCCGAGGAACAUUCUCCUCUCUGGGCCUGGAGCUCUAGGAAGAGUCCGAGCUCUCAUCUCCGACUUUGGACUCUGUAAAAAGAUCCCAGACGGUCGGAGCAGCUUCUCUAUGCGGUCUGGAAUACCGGGAACUGAAGGGUGGAUAGCACCCGAAGUGCUUCGAGACACACCGGGAAAUAAACCAACGGCAGCAGUGGACGUGUUCUCGGCCGGCUGUGUCUUCUACUAUGUGGUCAGCAGAGGGCAGCACCCCUUCGGCGACGCAUUAAGAAGACAAAUCAACAUCCUGUCUGGAGAAUAUUCACUCUCACAUUUUAAAGAGGAAUCAAAUGAUGACAUUAUAGCACGGGAUCUGAUUGAGCAGAUGAUUAGUGCUGACGCAGAAACCCGGCCCUCCACCGAGUGUGUGCUCAAACAUCCUUUCUUCUGGAGUCGGGAGAAGCAGCUGCUCUUUUUCCAGGACGUGAGUGACCGGAUAGAGAAGGAGCCAGCAGACAGUCCCAUCGUGGUCAGAUUGGAGACGGCAGGUAGAGGGGUGGUCCGGACCAACUGGAGAAUGCACAUCUCUGUCCCUCUGCAGACAGACUUGAGGCGGUUCAGGACAUAUAAAGGAAACUCUGUUAGAGAUCUGCUUCGAGCCAUGAGGAAUAAGAAGCAUCACUACCACGAGCUACCCCCAGAGGUGCAGGAGACUCUUGGCGAACUUCCCGAGGGCUUCGUCAGCUACUUCACCUCACGGUUUCCACGGUUACUGAUGCACACACAUGCCGCCCUCCUCAUCUGUGCUCACGAGAGGCUGUUUCAUCCAUACUAUAAGCACCCCAAAGCCAAAUAACCUUCACUCCACCCCCAGCUCCUCGUUCCACAUGCUUCAUAAUAUUAUGCUAUUGCUUUUGUAAAGCCUGUAUAGAUUCUUUUUUAAAGUUGGUUACAGUGCUGAGGGGGAAAAAAGUUUUCUAUGCCUGCAGCUGUUUUUAUAGAUUAAUUUAAAUUUGUUUGGUUCCUCACAUUAAUAAAACCUUCAGAGUUUUAUUUCUGGAAAUGUUUCCUGGAAGCAAAGCUAAUACAAUUAUCACAGCUAUUAGUAAUGGACAAAACUUUUAUACUGAAAACAAAGCUAAUGUAACACAGUGUGUCUACAAUCCUUGAACUUCAGUAAUAAAGUCAAGGAUUGGUACAACGUGCUCCACACCAAAACAAACUUUUAUUUAAAAGCACUUCAUGUGUCAAACACUGAUCGAGCAUUUCUUUCUGAGCAUCAUAACUACAAAAUAAGGCAACAGCAAAAAAGUGAAUAUCAUGGAAAAGUGUAUUUAUUUACAUAACUCCACUAAAAAAAACUUUCAUAGAACAAAGAUAUAGACGCAGAGCCCACUGUUUGAUUGAUUUCAAGCAUUUGUUACCUAAAUUUGUGUCCCAGCUCAUGAAAAACAGGAUUUCAGAAUUUAGUAUGCUAUGGAGAAAUCACCAUUUACUUCUCAGUUUUUCCCAAAGAUUAUGAUCGCAUCAAAUCAUUUAAAGUAUAUUUUCCAGAAUAUUAUUUCUUUCAUCAAAACUGUAUCAUUAUGGUCAGGGUCCAGGUCCCUCUGGAAUCUCCAUCCAGACCCUCAGCAGAAGGAAUCAUGAAGUCCUCUAGAACAUUCUGCUAGACGGUUGCAGUGAUUUUGGAUUGGAGAAAAUAGAGUUUACCAACACUAGAGCUGGACGUUUCAGCCCAAAUCACGACUGACUGUGGAGAUUUCACAUUGAACCUCCAACAGUUUGGGUUCUGCCCCUCACCAAUCUUCCUCUAAACUGUUGGACCUUCAUUCCCAAAUUAAAGAUACUUUACUUUCAUCAGAAAACAGGAUCUUGGACCACAGGUCAACAGUCCAGUCCUUCUUCUCAUUGGUCCAGUUGAGAUGUUUCCUCCAUUGGCUCAGAAGUGUCAUGACCUGAGGAACCCAACAGUUGCAGUCCAUCUCCUCCUCCUCAUUCCACUCUCUGGAGUCGUCUCUUUUGCUGGAGCAUCUCUGCUGUAACAUUUGACCCUUCUGUUAGACUUUCCGUUGAUCUGCUCGGACACAGCGCUCUGUGAACAGUGUCUCCAUACCCAGAAUAUGGAGGGGAUCAACAGCUGCGUAGUAAUCAGAAUAAAAGCCUGAUCAGAAUAAAAAUGUCACAUAAACACGCCAUUCGGAAUACUCUGGCCCAAUCAGACUCAUUCGGAUCAAAAUUAGGUGGGUGAUACCGAUUGUUGAACUGAUCACGGUGUAUAUAAACAAAGCAUUCCGACUGUAUGUUAUUUCUGUGCUUUUACGUCACGCAUAGAGGGCGUGGUUCUCUAGGAGAGACUUCGGAGCGCUAACAGGACAGAUUGGCUGCAGCUGGACUCUUAGCUUUAUUUUUGCAAGGAGGGGAGGAUGCUUUGUUUUUUGGUAUGCACUUUGGAGCGCAGUCCGUCCAGCUGUUCUGCGCAAGCUAGCUGUCAGACUUGUGAAAACUCUCCCAGGAGAACUGUGCUUUGGGACGGAGUAUGUGCUUGUGGAGGGGAUUUUUGAACACCGCGCUCCAAACAGUCCUCUGACACUUUUCCAAUCAUGUGAAUUUGUGUUUACAGUGGUGCCUGGACUGAUUUUAGGCCCAUCCUUGGCUAAAUGUCUAACUCUAACCCUUCCUCCAAGUGUGUGCGGCCAAGAAUAAGAUACUGACCACAUGGAUUUAGAAAAUUACGAGUGAACAGUUUCCAGUAUUUUAGCUAGUUCUGUGUAUGUCAAAAUGAUUUAUUCCGAAUAAACAUGUGACGUAUGUAAACCUUUGUUACAACUGGAUAAAGUUUCUCAGGGCCCAUGUGGACAGUUCUAUUCUAAUCCGAUUGAGGACAUUUUGCACAUGUAAACGCAGCUCCAGAUUGUGUUCUUGUUGUCAAGACAACUGAACCACUUUAGUGACAUCAGAGAAACCUGAGCAGGUGCUUUAGUUUAGUAGAUGAUUAGUUAGUGAAACUCAGUUUAAAACAUUCAUGUCCUGCAGGAUUUGGACAGAUUCCUCCACAACAUUUUCUUUUUUGUGAGUUUCAUGAGCUGGAACCACAAUUUAUGUAAAAAUAAACAAUUAAAUACCUGAAUUCAAUAAAACAGCGGCUUCUGAAUCUAUAUUCUUUGAAAGUUUACUUUUUUGAAUGAGAUUAUAAUAUUCUAUUUUUUAGUGGGUCUGUAUUUAAGCAGUAAAAUAUUUCACCUGGUUCCUGUUGCUAGUGAUCCUACUGGUGUGCUGUUGAACUAUUGAUAUUUAUCCACCGCCUGUGUUCCUGUGUGUCUGAAGGACGCAUGGAUCUGGUAUUUAUUACAUACAGUAUGCAGCUCACCGUGGUCUUAUUGCAUUUCUGUUUUGGAAACACUCCUGGAAACCCUUUCUAUGGGAAAUCUGGGAUGAGUACGGACCUGUAUGAACGGGUUUGUGUUGCCUUAUUUUGUGUUUCCUCAGUUCUUCACUACUAAAUUGCACAAAGCUUGAGAGUUUAACUCUACACUGCCACAGGGAAUAAAGGCUACUCAUUUUGGAAAAAAAAUGUCUGUACUUGCUGUAAAGUGUGAUUGUUGGUCUGCAUCAGAGCUAUUUUACAGUUGCACCUUUUUUUUUUUUUGAAGAAAUAAAUAAAUUGACACUUUGGGUGUACCAAAGACUAAUCAAGGGAUUUUCUCAUUGAUUUUCAUGGGAGGAUGUGAGCUGUGUUCCUAAAGCUUAAGAAUUUUUUUUUGUUUGAUUAAGGAACUGCAGACCAAAAAAGAAGUAUAUUUGCAAAUAAAACCCAGACUUAAAAACAUUAAUAUAUGAAAGACAACAGUGGCUUGCAAAAUUAUUCACCCCCUUGGAUGUUUUAUCCUUGUUUUGCCAUUAUAAAUCACUAAUGGUCAAUAAAAAUUGCAGUUAUUCACUCUAAAACUUAUUGAAAAUAACCCUCCUUGUUGAAGUGAAAACAGAUUUCUACAAAGUAAUGUCAACAAAACAAGAGAUAUAGAAAGAAAUCUAAUUGUUUCCACAAUUAUUUAUUACUUUGUAGAAAUCUGCAGUCGUUUUUUUCACUGAAAGACAUCUGUGUUCAUCUUAACUAAAAGUAAAGUAAAUAAAAGCAAAUAUUAGUUUUUUAGCUCAGCAUCAUUUUAUGCAUAUGGGAGCAGCUCAAUGAUGUAAAUGAAUAUAUGUUUUGGAAUCAAACAUACAGUCUUGGGAAGUGCACAUGUCCUGCAGACAUUUUUAGUGAGUAAAAACCUCAGCAUGUGGUGAAUCUACACUUCUCUCUACUGCAGAUGUCCUCUACUAAAAAUCCAGGAUGGCUCCGAAUGACAGUAGAUGUGUCAGCUAUAUAUUCACGAUUAGCAGCCAACAGCCUCGUUUUCCUGCUAAAACUAAACCACAUUUACAAGAAAAAACCCAAAGAAAAUGACUCUUCACAAUCCUAGAUUUCAUUUGUUUAGACAGACAGGCAGCAGAGCUGAGACGUGCAGGCUCAUCCACAAAACAUUAUUGAUGUCUGCAGUACUGCCUCCACAUUUAGAGAAAAGGAAGUUAUAACCGCUGAGGGGGUGGAAGCACUGCACUACAAAAACGGAAUCUAAAGAAAGUUAAAAGAUCCUUGUUUAAAACAAAUGUCAUUUUAUGUAUAACCUUUUUAAUAAAGUGUUUCAAAAGCAA